AUGGCGUGUAUGCAGGGACGGUUGCAGAAGGAAUGGUUGGCUUUGCAGAAAGAUCCACCUCCAGGAAUGACUCUGAAAGGAAGAAGAGUUCAGAAUACAACCACAGAGUGGGUUAUAGAACUGAAGGGCCCUCCUCGUACCCAGUACGAGGGCCAGAAGUUCCAGCUUCUCUUUACGUUUAGCAGCCGAUUCCCGUUUGAACCUCCUCAGGUCAUGUUUACCGGCGAGAACAUUCCGGUCAAUCUGUUCGUCGACAGCAACGGACACAUCCGGCUGUCUAGUUUAACUGUAAGGGAGUGGGUUCCAGCUCUGACUGUCCGGUCCGUGUGCCUUGUCAUUAUCAGCAUACUAUGCAUCUGGGGCGGGAAGCGUCGUCCACCCAACAACUCCUCAGACGUACAAACAUGUAAUAAAUCCCCAAAGAAGAGAAAGUGUUGGUAG